CUUCGUUUAUGUCAAGCACAACAUUUGGUAUCAGAGCCUGGGUUGGAUCAGUCUUGAAUACACGAAAGAAAACCAAGAAAAACAACACUCAAUCACCCUAAAAUGCAAAGCUCAACAAAUGGAAAUUCAGCCAAUCAAUUACCCUUGUUCAAAGGGGUUAAUUAUCACUUUUGGAGCUUGAAAAUGAAGACCCUCUUCAAGUCACAAGAACUAUGGAGUGUGGUGGAGGAAGGGUUUGUUGAUGAGCAGCCUCAUGAGCCAGAUCAAGCCCUUCGAGAAAAAAGGAAGAAAGAUGCCAAAGCCCUUUUCCUUAUUCAACAAGCUCUAGAUGAUGAUAUUUUUCCACGCAUUGCUGCAGCCUCUACCUCAAGAGAAGCCUGGAGUAUUCUAAAGCAAGAAUACCUAGGAGAUAGGAAGGUAAUCAUGGUCAGAUUGCAGUCUCUCAGAAGGGAGAUGGAAAACACACGCAUGAAAGAUAAGGAGUCAGUUCAGGACUAUUUAUCAAGAAUCACAACCUUGGUGCAGAAGAUGAGGUCUUAUGGAGAGGAGGUUCAAUCUCAGCAGGUGAUAAGCAAAGUAAUGAGAAGUCUUACACCAAAAUAUAACCAGCUUAUAUGUGCUAUUGAAGAAGCUAAGGAUAUGGAAACCUAUACCUUUGAAGAACUCACAGGAUCUCUUCAGGCAUAUGAAGAAAGACACAGUGGUGAAGCUGAAAAGAAUGAAGAACAAGCUUUUCAAGCCCAGAAUGAAUCAACAAAUGAUCAAGCCUUCCAGUCCCCAAAUAGGGGGAGAGGAAGAGGUAGGGGAGGCUUCCGAGGUGGUCAUGGUGGAAGAGGCAGAGGAAGAGGUUCCUCUAGCCAUGGAGGAAGACAAGGCAGUUCUAAACCUCCCAUUAAAUGUUACUAUUGUAACAAGAAUGGUCAUAAGGAAGCAGAAUGCUGGAGAAAGAAUCCAGAUCUAGCCCCUAAGAGAGAAGAUCAUAGAUCUAAUUAUGCUGAGCAAGAACAAUUAUUUAUUGCACAUCAUAAUUUGGAUCAUGAUGGACGUACAGUAUGGUAUAUUGAUAGUGGUUGUUCAAACCACAUGACAGGAUCAAAGAGCAUGUUUCAGCAUAUUGAUGAGACUAAGAAAGGCAUUGUCAGAAUAGGUGAUGGCAAACAACUUGAAGUCAAAGGUCUAGGAGUGAUCUCAGUAUAGACAGAACAAGGAGGGAAGAAAGCUUUGUCUAAUGUACAAUAUGUUCCUCACUUAGCUCAUAAUCUGCUAAGUGUUGGACAAUUGGUGGCAGGAGGUUACUCAGUUUCCUUUGCAGAUGAAGUAUGCACAAUAAGGGAUGGAGGCACAAAGGAAGUCUUGCUAAAGACUAAAAUGGGAAGAAACAAGCUGUUUUCCAUGGAUUUGGCAUCAACCAAUGGAAGAGCUUUAGUUGUGAAGGGAGAAGAAAAUGCCAAAUUAUGGCAUUUAAGGUAUGGUCAUCUUAACAUGACUAGUCUGCAAUUACUGAGUACUAGAGGUUUUGUUAGAGGCCUACCUAGUAUUGGCAAGUUGGAGCUGUGUGAGGGAUGCAUCUAUGGGAAGCAAUCUAGAGGUUCUUUUCCCUCAGGAGGCUCAUGGAGAGCUAGUGAAUGUCUAGAACUGCUCCAUGCUGAUCUUUGUGGUCCAAUGGAGACUGAAUCAUUAGGAGGUAGCAGGUACUUUCUAAUGAUUACUGAUGAUUUUACUAGAAUGUCUUGGGUCUAUUUUCAAAGGACCAAGUCUGAAGCUCUUGAAAACUUUAAGAAGUUUAAGGCCUUAGUUGAGAAUCAGACUGGGAAGUCAGUCAAAGCACUUAGAACUGAUAGAGGAGGUGAAUUCAGUUCCAAUGCUUUUACUGACUUCUGUGAUGAGCAAGGAAUAAGAAGAGAAUUUACAGCACCUUAUACUCCUGAGCAAAAUGGAGUAGCUGAGAGGAAAAACAGAACAGUUGUAGAAAUGGCAAGGAGUAUGCUCAAAGCCAAAGACAUGCCAACCAAGUUCUGGGGUGAAGCUGUAUCUACAGCUGUUUACAUUCUGAAUGUUUGUCCAACUAAGGCAGUACUCAAUUGCACACCAUUUGAAGCUUGGAGGAGGAAGACACCCUCAGUAGGUCAUAUGAAAGUGUUUGGAUGCAUAGCCUACACUCUAGUGAACCAGAGAACUAAACUAGAGAAUAAGGCAGAAAAAUGCAUUUUCAUAGGAUAUUCAACUCAAUCUAAGGCAUAUAGACUCUACAAUCCUCUUACAAAAAGGAUUGUUAUUAGCAGAAAUGUGAUCUUUGAUGAAGAUGCAGCCUGGAGUUGGGAGUCCAAUACUGAGCAAGAUGCACCCAGAAUUGUCAGUCUUGAUGAUCAAUCUUCACCUCAGUCAGAACCAGCUACUCCUGUCACCUCCUCACCUCCAACUACUCCUCCAAAUUCUCCAAACAACACAAAUGCCAGUUCUGAAGUUGGAAACUCAUCAAGCUCUAGCUCAGAAUCUAGCAGUUCAUCAAGUGAUCAGCCUAGAAAAGUCAGGUCACUAGUUGAUAUAUAUGAAUCUUGUGACUUUGCUUUCAUUGUUACUGAGCCUACAGAGUAUCAUGAGGCUGCCAUCUAUGAUGAGUGGACACAGGCAAUGCAAGAAGAGAUCAAUGCCAUUGAGAGAAACAAAACCUGGGAGUUGGUAAGUCUGCCCCAAGAAAAGAAUGUGAUUGGCUUAAAAUGGGUGUACAGAACUAAAUAUAAUCAAGAUGGAAGUAUCUCUAAGCAUAAGGCUAGGCUUGUAGCCAAAGGUUAUGCUCAGCAAGAAGGGGUGGACUAUGAAGAAACUUUCUCUCCGGUAGCCAGAUUUGAAACUGUAAGGAUUGUCCUUGCACUGGCUACACAAUGGAAGCUUCCUGUGUACCAAUUGGAUGUCAAGUCAGCAUUUCUUAAUGGUGACUUGCUUGAGGAAGUAUAUGUUCAUCAACCAGUGGGCUUUGUGAAGAAAGGGGAGGAAGAAAAGGUGUAUAGGCUCAAGAAGGCUCUUUAUGGGCUAAAGCAGGCCGCUAGAGCAUGGUACAGCAAAAUUGACUCCUUUUUUAUCAACUCAGGAUUUCAGAAGAGUGACAAUGAGCCUACUCUGUAUGUUAAGAGGGUAGGUAUGGAAUUUCUAGUUGUCUGCCUCUAUGUUGAUGAUAUUAUCUAUUUCAGUUCUUCACAAAGUCUGCUAACCUCUUUUAAAGCAUCAAUGACAAAUCAGUUUGAGAUGACUGAUUUGGGACUACUUCAGUACUUCCUUGGAUUAGAAGCUAAGCAAGGAAAAGAGGGCACCUUUCUCAGUCAGAAGAGGUAUGCUAUUAAUCUCCUAAAAAGGUUUCACAUGGAGGCUUGUGAGACUAUUGCUACACCCAUGAAUGCAAGUGAGAAGCUCCAAAAAUGUGAUGGUACUGAGGAUGCAGAUGUCACACUUUACAGAAGCCUAGUAGGGGGACUUAAUUAUCUAACACAUUCAAGGCCUGAUUUGGCUUAUUGUGUUAGUAUGGUGUCUAGGUACAUGCAAAAGCCAUCAAAACAACAUUUCGGUGCUGCAAAGAGAAUCUUGAGAUAUGUUGCAGGGACAUUGGAGUAUGGAUUGUGGUACUCAAGUGUGAAGGAUCUCAAAUUGCGAGGGUAUACUGAUAGUGAUUGGGCUGGGUGUGUGGAUGACAGGAAGAGCAUGUCAGGGUCAGUCUUUGACCUAGGAUCAGGGGCAGUAACUUGGAGCUCAAAGAAGCAGGAAACCAUUGCUUUAUCCUCCUCUGAAGCUGAAUAUGUGGCAGCAGGAGCAGCAGCAAAGCAAGCUUUAUGGAUCAGCAAGGUGCUAAAGGACUUGGGAUGUGCUCAAUCAGAUGGAAUUGAAUUGUGGUGUGACAACAAAUCAGCUAUAGCAAUGACAAGAAAUCCAGCUUAUCAUUCCAGGACCAAACAUAUAGAUGUUCAACAUCAUUUCAUAAGGCAGCUUGUUGCAAAAGGAAGUAUUUCACUUCAAUUCUGUGGUACUGAAUGGCAAAAUGCAGAUUUGUUCACUAAAGCACUGAAUCAUACAAAGCAUUAUCAUUUCAUGAAGAGAAUUGGGAUGACUAAGCUUGGAUCAAGGGGUGGUGUUGAAAGUGAUCCAAAUUAGAAGUGCAUGGUCACAUGCAUACGUACCAUUUGAUAUAUUUGUUGAUUAUUUGUUUAGUUAUUAAGCAUUUGAAUAAGUCUAAGGUUGUUUCCUAUUGUUAAGGAGGUAUUGUUAGUUAAUGGAUAGGAUUAUUAUGCACGUAUAAGCAUAGCUUAAUAUUAGGAGUUUGUUAUUCUAGUCUGUGG